CUUCAAUCACGACGCUUAUCGGAUCGGAUCCGGCCAUUUCUUUGUUCGCCUUAUUCCGUCCUUUGCACCGUUCAUGCCCUAAUCGAAGGGGGAGAAAGGGAAGAAGAACAAGGGAGGAACAGGUGGUCUACCGAGGAAAUCGCCGGACACCGGAGCCCUUACCACCGGCAGAGACAGAGGAUCUGACGUCAUCGCCCACCGACUGAGACGCAGCGCUGGCAUAUCACUGUUGCUGUCACUCGGCUUUCCUGAAUCAUGGAUCGCACCGAUGGAGAUGAUCAUGAAGGAGGCAGUGUCGUAGGCUUCGAAGUACCAAGGUCGCCCGAUUCAAGCUACAACAACCCGAUACCGGGAAAUGAAGAUGAAGCUCGAGAGCCUCCACUUGUUCCUCCUCAUCUGCACCAUACCUUGCUGAACUACCCCCACGGCCAAGACGAUCCAAGCAGUCUUUCCAUGCCUCAAAAUGUGAUCCUGAAUCACCUCUACAUAGGGAACCAAGAUGGCCCGAGAUCUGUUGUAGCUCUAGGGAUCACCCACCGUGUCCGGUCAAAGUACGUUACAGUUGUGCUCUACAAGCCAGUCCAGAGAAGGUGAACUCCAUUUUCUUUUGUCGAUUGGGUUAAUAUUCAUGAGAGCCUGACUGCUGUGGCUGUGACCAAACUGACAAAGUGGAAACCCAUUCUACAAUUACUCAUCUGCAUAAAUGGAUCUGAUUCUCCUUAUCAUUUCGCCAGGUUUUUGAUGUAGCUCUGCAUUCUUCUUACUCAAGUCAGUAUUUUGGUUUAUGGGAGUUUA